AUGCAUUUUCAUAACAAAUGAGAAAGUAGAAAUUUCAGUGUUUCGAAAAAGUGUUGCAAAAGUUGUGAAGAAUGUUUUGCUCGUAUUGUAAAAAAAGUUCUCACAUAUUAUUUACGCACCAUUUAUGCGGCUGUUGCCUGGGAAAUCUGCAAUGUGAUCACCCGAAGCACACGGCGGCAGUAGCUCUUAAGGACGAGGCGCUCCUGAAAGUGCAAUGUGCUAUUUGCCACGAAGAGUUCCCGGAGAAUGAGCUGCAGCAACAUCAGGAUGCUUGCAUGCCGCUUUUGGUAUUUCGGUGUGCCGUCUGCGGGCAGGACUACCUGAGUAAGGAGGGCCUGUGGAACCAUUUGGAUCAACAUGAGAUUGCAGAUGACAAAAAGGAUUUGUACUAUGAAGAAAAAGCAUCGAAGCACGUGUUGCAUAAGUGCGCAAUAUGCAACGAUCAGCGCGGAUAUCAGGAAAGCUUAUAUUGGCACCACAUUCACGAAGACCACGAUGGUUUCUUUCUACGCUGCACGGAGUGUGGCGAUUCCUUCCGAUCGCAAAAGCUGGAAACCGAUCAUCGUCUUAACCAUUGCGAAGCGAGAAAACAAGCGAUUCCUGACGAAUUUAAGGAAGUCAAAUUCGUUCCAGAAUUUAGUGAAGUCAAUUUUCCUGUAGAGGAUGCAGAAACCUCACUCAACGAACUGCCUUCAGACCUACUGUUAAUUCCACAAUUGCAACAGUUCGAAAGUUUGGACCCUACGGAUGAAGUUCAAGAAAACGAUAAUGUCCAGCUCGACGAAUCAUCAGAUGUUGAAGGUUCGAUGAGCGAAACAGACGAAUCCUCUGUUCCGAAGUCUGGUCGAACAAACGCUACAACUUGUGGUGUCUGCAAGAAGAGCUUCAACAGCCCCAUACGGUUCUAUCGUCAUCAAGAUUACGCCCAUCGAAAACGCACCUGCCAACUUUGCCGUAUCACCGUCACAGGUUCCAAUCAAUAUCGGUAUCACAUGCUCAAACAACACUCGGAGCCGUCGUACAAGUGCGCUCACUGCAAAAAAGAAUUCCACUUGUUGGCAGCUUACCGGCGACACACGGACACACAUGCGAACAAAUUUCGCUAUCAAUGCAAAAUAUGUAAGCAUAACUUCAAAGCCCAGGUCUAUCUGGAAAGGCAUAUGCGACGAAACCACCCAAAGGGUUUCAUUUCCCCUGCAGCUUCAACUUCAGCAGCUGUAGAAGAACCCAGCAACGAUUUGCAACACGCCAAUGCAGUCCAGCCUGACGCCUCAUCAUGCCCGAUAUGUAAGAUGUCCUUCGAAGAUGAGGAGCAGUUGAAAAUUCACGAGGAAACUGGACAUUCCCAUCUGCAUUAUAGGUGCACUCAUUGUCCACGAAGAUUCCAGUCACGAAAAGAUUUCGAUGCUCACUUAAGAGAACAUGACAAGUCACGUGAUAAAAAAAUUGUGAUCGCAACACCAACCACGUGUUCGGAGUGCAACAAGGAGUGCUACAAUGUGAAAAGAAUGACUCGGCAUAUAGAUUCCUGCCAUGCGCCUAUGACCUGCAAGGACUGCAAAACUGUCAUGUACGGGAGACACAAAUUUCAAUAUCAUAGGAUGGUUUGCCACACAGAACCGGCGUUCCAGUGUUCGCAUUGCUUGAAAAAGUUUCACCAUGCGAAAUCCUACAAGCAACAUAUGAAUUAUCAUUCGAAAUUUGAACUAGACUUCCCUGAGCCGACGAGUUCCAGUCAGCAAGCAGAGGUCAUCGAUAAGAAAGUUGAGCAGGACAUUCAACCCACGAAAUCAUCGAACAAUAAACUGCAAUCAAUGACUUGGUGCGUGAAAUGCGAAAAAAGUAUUGCGGAUUUGAAUCGUCACAAUUAUUUCAUACACAAGCCCACAGCGUGCAAAAUAUGUGGAAUUAUUUUUCCGGGAAAACAGAAGACUUUGAACCACGAGAUGGAAAAGCACAUGGCGCCGAAGAUGAAAUGUCCCCAUUGUCCUAAAACGUUCCAAAAGAAACUGUUGCUGCGUCGUCAUUUGGAUCAUCAUUUGAAUUAUCAUUGGAAAUAUAGUAAAGUUGAUGACAACCAAGAGCCCACGGCAAACCAUCCGAGCAAUUUAUGCACUAUUUGUGGGCAAACAUUCGCCAAUCUGAUUGAGCUGAGGAAUCAUCAGAUCGUGAAACACACAUUCUCUGAGGAGGAUCAGUCAAAGCCAUUGGUCAACUGUAAAGAAUGCGACAAAGGAUGUGAUGAUGAGAAAUCACUACAGACUCACCACAGAGAAUGUCAUUUACCAAUAGAGUGCGAUAUUUGCGGAGCUACCAAUGCCGGUAAACGCAGGGCCGUUUAUCAUAAGUUAAUGAAACACAGCGAACCUGCACUGCAAUGCCCGCGGUGUCCGAAAAAGUUCCAUUUGAAGCUUUCCUUACAGCGCCAUGUGGAUGCGCAUAUAAAGCGAAAAGAGAUGACCAAUCACAGUUUAUCGGAAUCUCUUGGUCAAACUGACUCCAGCGAUACGGUACCUACUGAAGAGCUCGAGCUACCGGAACAUCCGAAUGAGGAUCCAAUUUUUGUCAAAUAUGAAACUCCAAUGGAUCAAGAAGAGGAGUCCAAUGAUCGAAGCGAUCAAGGGACUGAUUUUACCAAUACUGUGUUCGUUAAGGAGGAUCCCGAGCUACAGCAAUACCCAGUUGAAGAAGUUCCGCAUCUCAUCAAAGUAGAACCCAAUCUAAGCGAUCAGGAAGCUGAUCAAACUGACCGCAUCAAAGAAGGAAGCGCUUCGGGGAACUCCAACCCAACUGUGUCCACAAGUGCUAUGAAAAAUCCGCCAAAAUGUGUUAUGAAACAGAUGAAACCAGCAGCAGGAUAUGUGGCUUGUACGCAAUGUGAGCGACAUGUUCUAGAACGAAAUCUAACGAAACACAUGACACUUCUUCACAAGCCGAUCACGUGUACUAUAUGUGGAGCGAUUAUCAUCGGACAAAAUCAACUUAUGUAUCAUAAGUUGACAAAACAUUCGGAGCCUCGGUUAGAUUGCCCUCACUGUGAAAAGAAGUUUUAUUACAAGUCGAUGUAUCAGCGUCACAUGAAGAUACAUACGAAAUCCGCUGCCUCCUGACUCCAAUGCUGAGUAACGACAUCACUAGUAUCUAAGUUUCUCAUGUAUUUUUUAAAAUAAAAGGAUAUUUACGCGAAUCUACUUA